AUGCCAAUCACAAACACGAAACUCCCUGCUUGGCUGAUCCUAGCCAUUGCGAGUGGGGCUUGUGCCGCAUGCAACGGCGUAUUUGCGAAGCUGACUACCACGGAGCUCACAACGUCGUGGUCGCACUCGAUAUCGGGCACGUUCCAUUUGAGCCCCGAGAAUAAGCUCGUAGAGUAUGGAAUUCGUGGGGUAUGUCUAAAAUUUAGUUCAAACUUCUCCUUUUCUUGUUGUUCUGGUCUUGUACGAGUCUGUUAGACUCUGGUCUUCUUACAAUACUCAAUCAACCCUCUCUCAGCGUACUCCAAAAACGGUUGAAAAUCCACUAAGAAUAC